UUUAGCGCCGCUGAUGUUCCGGGCGCCGAUUUUUGAAAACGAGAGGGUUUGUUUUCAUUUUGACUUCAUAAAACUGCUGAGAAUGGCGUCUAUCAGAGACUAUAAUGUCGUUGAGCAGUUUAACAGCAGGCUGGAGGAGAUCAGGUCCAAACUUCUGGAUCAGGCCAUGGGAGAAGUGCUCAAUGACACCGCCAUGGAGCUCUGUCAACAACACAGACAUUACAUGAAGUCUGUCAUGGAUACUUGUAUCAAGAAAUCCAAGGAGGAUGAAAGCAUGUUUGAGAGUAUCCAUAUACAUAAAGAAGAUUUAAAGGAAAGAACUGCUGUAUUGAAAGAAAAGAAGACCGAACAUAUUGAGGUCGAGUCGGAGAUCGAGGACAAGGAACAUCACAAAGAACUCUUAAUUCAGAGGAUUGAGAAACUAAAGAAGGAUCAUGUCAAAAACAGAGAACUGAUUCAGUCACAAAACAAAGCCAACAAGGACAGACUGAAGAAGCUGAACAUAUGCAAGGACAUCUUUCAAAAACAUCUCAGUCUCGAGAUCAGAAAAAUCCAAGGCGAGAAGUUGCAGUUUGUCUUCAGGAACAUCAGUCGUAAAGAUCCAGAUAUCGUACAUGCAUUCCUCCUACGGCUUGAUGCAGAGGGCGUGUACCACAUCAUCUCCUGUGACCCUCCGCUGGAGAACAUGGCACAUCUAGAGCUCAGGCUGCAGGAGACCAACAAUUUCCCUGCUUUCCUCGCAAAUGUCAGGAGAGAGUUUGUGGCGCUUUACAGCGGUGCGAAGAAGUGAAAGAGAUUCAUUUUAGAUCCACGUCAACAGA